GUUUAGUCGUUCAGCAGUCUCCGUGCAGUGAGCAUGUUUGUGCGCCAGACAUCGUCGUUGGUCGGUUGUCGUCAUCGCUACUAUAUAGCCGUCGUAUCGCGAACAUCGACCGUCUUAGCUCGAUAGCCGUCGGAUUUGCCUUCUCGGAUGCGAGAGACUCUUAAAUCCCUCACCACAGAUCCAAAUCCCUGCGAGGAAAACGCGUGUGCGCACACGGAUCACACAGCCGUGAUAAUCCCGCUAAAUUCGCCGAAAACCCAGUGCUUUGUGUCCCGGUCUCAAAUUGAGUAAUUCAAGCAAACUUCACGGAAUAAGUAACCCUACAAGUGCCUUACACAAAUAUUCCUGCUCAAUGCCGGAAACUUCUUGAGUACGGCCCAAAACGAAAAGGCGCCCGCUCUCAAGAUUCCCAGCCCACAAAUAUCUCGAGUGUGCUUCGCCGAGUGUCCUGUCAGCCAAAUAUAUGGUAAUGGCAGAGAUUGGUGGCCAUUUGGCUCACCAGCUACCGUUGCACAAUCACAACCACAAUCAAACUGGAUUACAGCCAUCGCUGGUGAUGAACCAUCACCUGGAUUUGGAUUGCCACGGACACGAUGUGAUAAAAAAACAACGCCUAUCUCACUGCGUCGGCUGUGGCGGCCAGAUCCACGACCAGUACAUCUUGCGCGUUGCCCCCGAUCUGGAGUGGCAUGCGGCGUGUCUGAAGUGCCAGGAGUGCAGGCAGUUCCUGGACGAAAGCUGUACGUGUUUUGUGCGCGACGGCAAGACCUACUGCAAGCGUGAUUAUGUUAGGUUAUUUGGUACAAAAUGUGAUAAAUGUGGCAACUCCUUCAGCAAAAAUGAUUUUGUGAUGCGGGCCAAAACGAAAAUCUUUCACAUCGAGUGCUUUCGAUGCUCCGCGUGUGCGCGACAAUUGCUGCCAGGCGAUGAAUUCGCGUUACGCGAUGCCGGGGCUUUGUACUGCAAGGAGGAUCACGAUGUGCUGGAGAAAUCGUCGCAGAGCAGCCUCACUUCUUCGUCGGUGGAGAGCAACAACAAUAUUAGCAGUAGUAACAACAACAACACCAACCUUAGCAAUAACAACCAUUCCAGCGAAUUGGGUUCAAUGUCAGAUUCUGGCAGCGAAUCGGGCUCACACAAAAGUAUUAGGGACAAGCGACCCUCGGGGCCAUCGGAUGGCAAGCCCACGCGGGUUCGGACCGUGCUCAAUGAGAAACAGCUGCAUACGCUCAGAACCUGCUACAAUGCUAAUCCGCGACCUGAUGCGCUCAUGAAGGAGCAGCUGGUGGAGAUGACGAGCCUGUCGCCGCGAGUCAUCCGAGUGUGGUUCCAGAACAAGCGCUGCAAGGACAAAAAGAAGACCAUCCAGAUGAAGCUGCAAAUGCAGCAGGAGAAGGAGGGUCGCAAGCUGGGCUACGGCGCCAUGCAGGGCAUCCCCAUGAUCGCCAGCUCCCCGGUGCGGCAUGACUCCCCACUGAAUCUUCAGGGCCUGGAUGUGCAGACAUAUCAACCGCCGUGGAAAGCCUUAAGCGACUUCGCCCUUCACGCCGAUCUCGACAGCAAUGGAGCGAUCAAUACCCACACGCCCGCAUUUCAGCAGUUGGUCAAUCAGAUGCACGGCUACGACCUGAAUGGGAUGCCCAUCCUGCCGCCGCAUCCGCACUCGCAUCCGGCGCAAGGACCUCCCCACCAGCACCCCCCGCCCCCCGGCGGACCGCACAACCACCAGAACCAGCAGCCGAACCAGCAGCCCGGAGGCAGCAGUUUGGACUCCGGAAUCACCUCACACCACCAUCCGGACAGCACCGACUCCUACGUCACCUACCUGGAGAGCGAUGACAAAUCCAAGCUGGCGCUGACCCCGUCGUCCUCUUCCUCGGCCUCGGCGGGCACAUCGAUCUCCUCGCCGCCAUCGGGCGUCGGAGCAGGGGGUGGCAGUGCCGUGGGCGGUGGUUCAGGUGUCCUGGGCUUGGGCGUGGUGGCCAAUCAGUCGGCCACCGAGCAGCUCAUGCAAAUGCUCCAGAAGGUAACGGGCUCGGCUUCCCCGGCCUCACAUGCGGUUCUCUAAAAACAAAGGGCGCGCAGAGGGCGUGGCAGGAAGCUCGAACGUGAGGAGCUGCAGUCGAACUUCAUGAACUCGAAAAGUUGUCUUGCAAAAUAUUCACACCCGUGCUGAAAUUCUGAUCUUCAAUUGAAAACUUCGUCUAAUCCCUAAAUAAUUUGUAGUUCAUUCAAUAGUUUGAUCAUUUUUGUCAAAAGUUUAUUUGAAAACGUUUCGCCAAUAGUUUUAUCCAGUAAGUGGAGUUCGACUGUAUUCGGGGUUGUGCAAUUCUUUCUGUCCGCAUUUUCAUAUUCUACUCAUGUGUAUUCGUACAUUUAAUUUUAUUCUGUUUGAUUCGGUGCCAAAAAAUAGUCUGUAGUCCGUUGGCAUUUUGUGGAUAAUCUGGCUCUGGUUCGUUAUGUAACAUACACUUUUGUUGUUGAGUUCGAGAAAAAAAAUGAUCAUGGAAAAAUUAAUGUAAGCUAAACAAAAAUGCUCACACACUUGAAAAGUUAUUACAAUAAUUUCAGACACGAAAACAAAAAUUAUGAUAACAAAAAGAAAACAGUUACUUCGCAUCAAGUAGGGAAUUUCAUUAAGCAUAAAUUUGUAAAUACCUUUUAUAUAUUAAUAUUAAACAAAUAUAUUUUCAUUCAAAAUGCAAAAGAACCGAUCGAAAAAAACGAAAAGAGAAUCUGACUCGUGUGUAUUAUAUGGGAUGUGAAAUCCGAGGCGUAGCUAUAAACUAUAAAGUCGCACUUGGCAAACUUGUAAAUCGAAUUAGCAACAACAAAAGCAUCUACGUUAAGUUCAUAAAUUGUAUGGCAAAAGAAACUCAAAAUUAUUAUAAAUAAAUAAAUGCAGAAAGGCGGAGGGGAAUUUUAUGUAAGUGAGAAACAAAAACUGUAACUAAAUCUAGACUUAUUUGUUAGUUUUUAAACAUUUCCGAAAUGCAUUACAAGGCGAGGGAGACAACAAAUCCGGUAGCGGAAAGGCAGAAAGAAAUGACGAAGUGUACCAAGGAUGUUUAUGAACUGUUUCGUAAAACAACUAAUGUAUUUUCAAUAAUAUUUAACUAAUAUUAAUAAUAAACAGUACAUAAGUAAUUUUAGUAACUAUAGAAAAUGUUUAAAUGAAAUUACAAACGAAAAUAAAACCACAAAAAAACAA